UUGACAGUGUUCGUGGACGGAAGGUUUCGUGCUCGGGUUUGCCGUGUCAUCAAAUAAAUUGCGUUUUGGAUCGUAUGCUGAUAUCAAUUUCCCAUUUCCACAACCAGCAAAGAUCCAUAAACAACCAAUUCAACCGUGACACGACCAAACUCGAGACUUAACACUUUCGUCAAUAUCCCUUGGAUACUGUGCGGCAUAAAAAAACCUUCGAAAAGAAGGCACACGCAACAGAGCCUACUACUCUAAAGAUUUGAAAAAGGUUGCCAACCAACGGCCAAAAAAAAAACGUAUUAUUCGCGGUUUCCACAAAGCGGAGAAGGGUUGCGCGCAAAAGUAAAUCACACUCCUCUAUGUGUGCUUUAGCGAGUGAUCAAGGGAGCCACCGUCGUAUACAGCUGUGGUAGCUUAACGACAGCGAAAAGUACGUCGACUGGACACACACACACGCAUAUCGUGCGAUCUUUAUUUUAAGUGCGUAUUACUUUCGGCUUGUUUCAUCGUUGACCCAUCACCACUACCGUGGCGACGAACUUGUUUGGUGCGGCGGCUUAAAAUCGAUUGAUUCGAAAUCCAUCAGUAGUAAUAACGAAGUGUGUAUUGGAUUGGUUAAGCCAUACCUCUUACUAAGCGGGGCUGACCUCUAGAAGCAGCAAGAGCAAAAAGCAUUCUCAAAUUCGAACACAUUCGAUUGGGGAGAGAAUUCAAUGCAUGUUACAUCGAAGUAACCAUAUUUCACAUAGCGAGUGAAAGGAAAUUUACAGUGCACAAAAAUCUUGAUUGAAGAGAGUGUGUGUUUCCUCCGGUGGUCGGUGUGUGCUGUGCGUUUACUAUUCCACGAGCCGUGACAACAGUGUUGAGGUCAAAAUUGCGCUUUAAAAUCGUUAGCGGUUAGACGGAGGAGUAGCUGUUAGCGGGAGAGAGAGUGCACGAGGCAGUGUGAGGCCACACACAGGAACUGUUCUGCAGUUACGAAAAGUGUCUGCGUGGAGAGAGAGGGCCACGUAACUGUUGGUGCGGACAGGGGAGGAUGGAGCGCGAAUCAAAUGCAAUGCAGCCGAUGUGUAGAUCUGGAUGUGGGUUCUACGGUAAUCCGGCACAGGAUGGAUUAUGUUCAGUUUGCUACAAAGAUUUGCUCAGAAAGAAGCAGCAACCACCGGUUAGCAGUACGCCUUCCAGCAACAAUGCACCUCAACAACCUGCAUCUGGCCAGUCGGUAACAGCGUCCUCAAUUAGUAUCCGUCCCGCCGUGACGCCGCAAAGCUACACCAGCAGCAUUGGUAGUAGCAGCACAACAACCACAUCAGCCUCUGCAUCUGCAUCGGUCGCGUCACCAUCGGCGUCGUCUUGUGCCGCUUCCGCCAACAAUCCGGUAGUCUCCGCUACCUAUACAGCACAACCGACCGUGCACAGUGCCCUAUUCUGCUCGGACAAGGACAAAAUUAACACUGAGGACAGUGGUAGCCUUGGAGGACAUAGUAAUAACAGUUCCAUAGCUGAUAACGAAGACAAAGAUGGUGAUAAGGAUGAUGCCAAGAAGAAGAAAAACCGUUGUGCAACUUGCCGUAAGAAAGUAGGACUAACCGGAUUCGAGUGCCGGUGUGGUGGACUGUUCUGCGCGAUACAUCGAUACAGCGACAAGCAUGAAUGCUCGUUCGAUUACCGGGAACUCGGUGCUGCAGAAAUUAGGCGUAAUAAUCCCGUCGUGGUUGGCGAAAAGAUUCAGAAAAUUUGAACACCCUUCGUGCCAUCGUAUCGUAAUAGUUCGUCACAAACACAGUGCGGAGGCGGCAUCCAACGUGCUGCAGCGGCACUGGUCACCAACAUCGUUACAGUCACACCACCACCACUAUAAGCAUAUGCCGUCAUAUGUCUCGUUAAAUUCGUAGCAUUUUCUUCUCGAUUCCUUCGUGUUUCCCACAUGUGUAGUAUUGGAAGUGGGGUCGGAGAGAUGAAAAAGGGAAGAGCAAGAGGACACAGAGAAAAGGUGCGGAAAUUCUUAUAUAAAAGAAAACAUUCCGACAACUCCUGUCUGGUGUCCCUCCACUGUUCAAUACGAAAUAUGCAUCCUCCGUACGCGCAACUUCCUUGGUCCGUUUGCUUGUUGCUUUGCUCUGUGCAGCGCGCUGUCCCCGAGCAUAUUUCAUACUUGAGAAUCACUGACGAGCGUAACUGGCGAUCAAACUACCAGCGCAAACACGAAUAAGAAAGCGAGCAACAGUCGAUCCAACCACCACCUGCGCAGAAACAUGAUAAACACUUGUGGACGAAGGACGCUAUCGUAAACUUGCGUCUCCCGUGUGCAUAGUUAACAACGUGCCCAAUGGGGGGGGGAGAAGGGAAGAAGGCUUAAAAGGAGGCAUCAAAUGGCGCGCCAAAUUUUAGUUACUAGAAAAUGGCGAAAACACCGACAUUGCUGGCAAACAAAGGAAAAACCCACACAAAUAUGGCAAAACGAUUCAGCUAGAAUACAACUCAUCUGAGCACGCGGGUGUGUAUUUUCGUUAAGGAAAAAUAAUUAUGAGAGUAGAAUUAUUUUACAAGAUUACACACACACACGCGCGUAUAUACGGAUGCACAGCACAACACAACACGCUACAACUAUACGCUCGAAAGAGUAAUGAAAAUAAGACACACAAUAAACAAGCUAAUACACCGUGAAAGCUAUAACGCGCACACACACAUACACCCAUACACGAGCACGUACAAUGCUAUACGCGUGAAACACAUCCAUGCACACACGGUAUGGUGGACUGAACGGCGGAACGUUCAGCUAGAAUCACUUGCGCUGAUCUAGUAGCUCUUAUCUAAUGGGAAACCCUACUGAGCUGUACGGAGCAAACAAAACAUACAAACAAAGGAUAAGGGAAAUAAGUGCUUGUGUGAAUGUUUGCCAUUUGCGCGCCUACUUAGUCACACGCCUUCAGGUAACCCUUCGCGUGUAUGUGUAUGUAUGUGCAUGUGUGAGUUCAUACUAGAACCUCCAAAACAAUCAAAUCCUAAAGAUUUUAUUUCCAUUAUGAGUGCAAAUCAAUCGUAGCAACAAACGCGAGUUUGAUGAAGGUAUUUGAAAAGAAUGUAGAUCGGCGGAGGAGAAGGAGGAUUGCUGUGGAUGGUGAGGUUUUUCAUACACACAUUUGGUUCGUUUUCCUUUGUUAUCCAAUCCUUAAAUUAUCCCCCUGGUAGUAGAAACAUUUUCACGCUUAUUAUUUUCUUUUACACGAAUGUAUGAUAGCUGUAGCAAAGUAAGUCAGUAAUACACGUAUUGAUGAUGAAAAAUAAUUGGUUUGAUGAGGAGAGAAAAACAACAAUACGUUCGAUUGGGUUUUAACUCCUUUUUCUUCGCUUUUACUGUUUGUGUGAGUGCGUGUGCAAAGGGAAAAUAAACAAAAAAAUCAGA